AUGAUAGCCGACACAUUGGUGGAGAUCCACCUUAAUCCCUUUUCUGAGACAAAGGUGGCCGAGAAAGUUGAUUGGCACCCUGGCAGAACCCCUCCGGAGAGAGGACAGUCCUUCUGGGAAACACAGGUGCUUGAGAACUUUAUAGAGAAAGACUGGUACCUUAACUUCAGAAUGCCCAAAGAGGCCUUCAACAAAGUGUGCGACGAGCUACGCCAACCUGUCAACACUCAGCCCACCAAGAUGCUGGCACCUGUACCGUUGGAAAAGAGGGUUGCACUCACAUGA